CACACUCAAAAGCAUUUCCCUCAAAAUCACAAACAGUUUUUUAAACUAAACAUAACUCUUGUUGAGUUAGAUUUCAUCUGCUAAAUUAACUGAAGUAAUCAUGGAUAGACUUGCAAAGUGUCCAGCAAACUAUGUCCCUCUAACUCCUCUCACUUUCAUCAAGAGAGCAUCCAUGGUGUAUGCCAAUCGGACUUCGGUCAUAUACGCCGGAGUUCGCUUCACUUGGCGCCAAACGUAUGAGCGUUGCUGUCGCCUCGCUUACUCUCUUCGAUCACUUAAUGUUGUCAAGAAUGAUGUUGUAUCUGUGUUGGCGCCAAAUGUACCUGCUUUGUAUGAGAUGCAUUUUGCAGUGCCAAUGGCUGGGGCUGUGCUCAAUGCAAUUAACACAAGGCUAGAUGCUAAGAACAUAGCCACAAUUCUCCUCCAUUCAGAAGCCAAGGUGUUUUUUAUUGAUUACCAGUAUGUUCCGUUAGCAUCCGAGGCGCUGCGGAUGCUGGUGGCGGGUUCUAAAGACGGUUCAGCGCAAAAUGCGAUGCCUUUGGUCAUUGUGAUAGAUGACAUCGAUAAGCCCACUGGGGUGCGCCUUGGAAACUUGGAGUAUGAACAACUCAUACACCAUGGUAACCCCGGGUACCCUGGUGAAGAUCUUGAAGAAGAGUGGGAUGCGAUCGCGUUGAAUUACACUUCUGGGACGACCUCUGCGCCGAAGGGGGUUGUGUAUAGCCACCGCGGUGCUUUUCUGAGCACAAUGAGCUUGAUACAAGGUUGGGAAAUGGGGACCGAGUCGGUGUACCUGUGGUCACUGCCAAUGUUCCACUGCAAUGGGUGGACAUUCACCUGGGGUGUGGCGGCAAGAGGCGGGACAAACGUGUGCAUACGCAACACAACCGCUGAAGAAAUGUAUAAGAGUAUCUCGAAGCACAAGGUGACUCACAUGUGUUGUGCACCUAUUGUGUUUAACAUACUCUUAGAGGCAAAGCCGCAUGAGCGCUAUGAAAUAAAAUCCAAGGUCAACAUCCUCACAGGAGGGGCGCCUCCACCUGCACCCCUCCUGGAAAAGAUGGAGAACCUUGGGUUUCACAUAAUGCAUGCCUAUGGCCUCACUGAGGCCACGGGACCCGCCCUUGUUUGUGAGUGGCAAACCAAAUGGAAUCAAUUGCCACAAGAACAACGGGCGAGACUGAAGGCGCGCCAAGGUGUUGGGAUACUCACUCUCGCAGACGUAGAUGUGAAGAACAAGGACACGAUGGAUAGUGUCCCACAUGAUGGGAUGACCAUGGGAGAGAUCGUACUCCGAGGAAGUAGCAUCAUGAAAGGGUACUUAAAAGAUGAGAAGGCAACCGCAAAGGCCUUCAAGAAUGGAUGGUUUUUAACAGGCGACGUUGGCGUUAUCCAUCCCGAUGGUUACCUUGAGAUCAAAGACCGAUCAAAGGACGUAAUCAUCUCUGGUGGAGAAAACAUAAGUAGCGUGGAACUAGAGUCCAUUUUGUUCAAACAUCCGGCCAUACUCGAGGCAGCCGUGGUGGCAAUGCCUCACCCAAGAUGGGGAGAGAGUCCUUGUGCCUUUGUCGUCUUGAAAAAGGCUGGCACGGCCGAAUCGGAGAUCUUGGCGUAUUGCCGGAAGAAGAUGUCAAAAUUUAUGGUACCAAAGAAGGUUGAAUUUGUGAAAGAGCUACCCAAAACAGGAACCGGUAAAGUUCAAAAAGUAGAGCUCAGGAAAAUAGCACAAACUCUACAAAUCUCUGAAAACACAUCUACAAGCAACAGCAGAUAUGAACUGCAUGAUCAAGACAAACUCCUUGCAAUUUCCCGACUAUAAAUUAAUAAUUUACAUGUAACUUCAUUUGAAGAUAUAUAGUAUUCCAAUACGUAUUGGUUGAAUAUAAUUUUAUAUAUAGAUGGUUGUUGUGA